GAACAUAUUAAAAUGCAAAGUUCGCCAUCUGAAGAGUACUUUGCAAAAAGCAGACGCAUGGAUUAAUUCUACAGGCGCUGGAGUUGAGGAUGAUGACAAUACAAUUACUGUAAAAGACAAGGUGGUUAAAAUAUGUCCACAUUACGAACAGCUUGUCGACAUUUUUUCACCUUCAAAGGAAAUUGAAUUUGUUGUAAUGGACACAUCGAACUCAUUGGACUGUACUCUUGAUGCAAUUGAUUUGGAAGAAGAUAGUGUUAUAUUGGAUGGUGAACUAUCAGCAUCAUCAGAAACUAUCUCCUUUGAAAACAAGGUUAAGCGUACAGCACGUCCUACUUGCAUUGAUAAGCUUAAAGAUAUGGAGAGUGACCGGGUCAAAUUUCGGAAAGAGCAAUUAAGUUUAGAAAUUGAAAAAUUCGAGUGGACAAAAGAAAUGGAAAAACAAAAAUUAGAAUUGGAAAGGCAGAAAGUUGAGAAUGAGUUCAAACUCAAGAAAUUAGAGUUAGAACAAAAAGAAAGA